GGUACUUUGAUGUCAUACAGUGAUCAUUCUGUGUAGCGCUGCUUAAAGUCGAACGCGCCUUUUACUAUCUACUAUCAUUCAACGUCUUUGACCGCAUUGCAAACGUUAGAGACACAGAUUCAACCAUUUACUUUCAAUGAGUCGAUCUGUGAAAGUUUAAGGCAGGUAUAAAGGCAGUAGAGUCGGUGUUUGAGUUUCACUUUCGAUUUGAAGAAAACCCGUAUUUUCGUCCAACGGGCUUCAGAAUGGAAAUCUGCGGUCUUCUAACUGAUAAAAAUAAUGCAGUGCCUCUGAAGAGCAUCUCGGUGCAGGUUCGGGUUCAGGAUCAUGUAGCCACAGUCUCCUCCACUCUGCAGUAUGUGAAUGAGGAAGAGUGCCCCCUGGAGGCCUUGUUCGUCUUCCCUCUGCCUGCUGAUGCUGCUGUCUGCCACUUCAGUGCCAAGAUCGGAGAGCAGGAGAUUGUGGCAGAGGUGCAGGACAGAGAAAGCGCGCGGGAUCAGUAUGAUGAUGCUGUGAGUUCGGGUCAGCAGGCGUUUCUGUUGGAAGAGAGCGCUGAGAGUCCUGAUGUGUUCAGACUGAGUGUGGGGUGUCUGUCGGCGGGUCAGAACGCUGCUGUCACCAUCAUCUACAUCACUGAGCUCGCUGUGCAGGCCGACCACUCGCUGCGCUUCUGUCUGCCGGCUGUACUCAACCCUCGAUACACACCAGCAGGUUCAGGUGCUGGUAUCGUCUCAGAGAUUUCAUCAGGAUGUGGAGCUGUUCCCUACACGCUGACUCUCAGUGUCCAUGUGAGCUCUCCAAAGCCCAUCUCCAAACUAGAGUCCAACUGCUCUCUGGAUCCUCUAGUGUUCCUGCAGUCUGAUCACACUCAGGCCACGGUGAAUCUGAGUCCUGGUCACAUGUUUGAUAAGGACUUUGAGCUGUUUGUGUUCUAUCAGGAUACCCAUCAGCCCUCUGCUAUAGUGGAGACAGGAGUGACCACUGCCCCGCCAGGCUCUCUGAUGAGAGACCCAGUGGUCAUGAUAAGUUUGUACCCAGAGUUCCCAGAGGAAGUGAUGUCAUCACUGGCAACUCGAGGUGAGUUUGUUUUUGUGAUUGACAGAUCAGGCAGUAUGGGCAGCAUGAUGCAUUAUGGGAAAGGAGCAAAGAUGCGCAUUGAAAGUGCAAAGGACACUCUGCUGUUACUGUUGAAGAGUCUGCCCAUGGGAUGCUACUUCAAUAUCUAUGGAUUUGGCUCUCAUUUUGAGUCCUUCUUCCCUAAGAGUGUCGUGUAUAAUCAGGAAACAAUGGAUCAGGCUCUGAAGAGAGUGAAGGAAAUGAAAUCAGACAUGGGCGGCACUGAGAUUUUAAAGCCUCUAAAACACAUCUACAGUCAGCGCUGUCACCCCGAUCACCCCAGACAGCUGUUGGUCUUCACGGAUGGAGAGGUGGGAAACACUAAAGAGGUGCUGGACCUGGUGAAAAGUCACGCUCACUCUCACAGGUGUUUCUCGUUCGGGAUUGGUGAGGGUGCGAGUGCCGCCCUCAUCACAGGAAUGGCCAGAGAGGGAUCUGGUCACGCUCAGUUCAUCACAGACACAGACCGCAUGCAGCCCAAAGUGAUGCAGUCGCUCAGGUUUGCUCUGCAGCCCGCUGUGGUUAAUAUCUUUGUGGAUUGGACCCUUCCAGAUGGUCUUACUGUUGAAACACUGUCUCCUCCCAUCAAUGUGCUCUUCCAGGGUCAAAGGACACUCAUUUAUGCCCAACUGAAAGGAGAGAGUUCAGGAGGCUCUGAGGGAACAGUGACCGUCAAAUACAGUCUUAAAGAUCAACCAGUAACAAACCAGCUCCACUUCUGCCUCAAACCCACUGAGGAAACUGGGCUGUCCAUCCACCGGCUGGCGGCUCGGACCCUGAUCCGUUCUCUGGAGCAGGAGAAGAGGUCAGGUGCUGCAGAUGUUGAGGGCAUCAGGAACAGGAUGGUGGAGCUCAGUGUUCAGGCAGGAGUGAGCAGUGUUCAUACAGCCUUCAUUGCUGUUAAUAAAGACAGCAGACAGACUGUGAAAGGACCCCUGAAGCGGAGAAGAGUUUUAGCAUACGAUUCUGAUGAAUUUGAUGACAUGUGUUAUGGUGUCCCGCAGAUGGGAUGUGAUGAUGAUGUUUAUGUUGAACUUGAUGAAGAAGUUGAGCUUCUGUCAGGAGAUUCUGAAGAAUAUGAUGACAUGUGUUAUGGUGUCCCGCAGAUGGGAAUUCGGAGAGGCUUUGCUUGUUUUAAACCAGAGUCUAAUGAUGAUGUUUAUGGUGACAUUGACAUUUAUGAUGAUGGUUUUGAUGCACUGGCGGAGGCUGCUCCUGAGUCCCAGAAGGACCUGUUACUGCAGCUGGUUUCUCUCCAAAAGGCGUCCGGCUGCUGGGAUCUGGACGCCACACUGGCCGAUGUGUUUGGGAAGACGGAGGAUGAGCUGACCAAUCAGAAACCAGCACAGGUGGAUGGGUCAGUAUGGGCUACUCUCCUGGCUCUGAUCUGGUUAUACGGCUGUAAAAUAGAGCAGCAGGUGGAGUGGCAGUUUGUGGCCAUGAAGGCAGCGUCAUGGAUCGGCUCUCAGAAAGUGGGUGAUCUGUCUCAGUGUGUGUGUGCGGGGAAUGUCCUGCUCGGAUGUCAGGUGACCAAAGAGACUCUGGGAAUCUGAAGAUGUCUGUGUUUCUACAUCCUGAUCCCUCAGAAGACGAAAGAACAGAAACUGUUACAUCUACUUUUACUCUGUUACUUGUCUCUGUAAAAUUUGGUUAAGUAAAAUUUUAUUUUGUUCUAUUAUACACCCAAUUCUAUAUAUGUGACCUUCACAGUUUUAAUGUUUCCAAGAUGUUUGCUGUUAUGAAAUUUAAAGUCAUUUUUUCUAAUGA